AUGAGGGAGAUGGUAGGAGGGUGUUGUGUUUGUUCUGAUGAUAGAGGCUGGUCUGAAAAUCCACUUGUUUACUGCGAUGGACAAUCUUGCACUGUAGCUGUUCACCAAGCUUGUUAUGGUAUUGUAACUGUUCCUACUGGUCCAUGGUAUUGUCGUAAAUGUGAAAGUCAAGAGAGAUCAGUUAAAGUGAAAUGCGAGCUGUGUCCCAGCAAAUAUGGAGCCCUCAAACGUACGGACAAUCAGGGCUGGGCCCACGUGGUUUGUGCACUUUAUAUACCGGAAGUUCGGUUCGGCAAUGUCACCACCAUGGAGCCCAUUCAGUUGCAACUGAUUCCCGCGGAAAGGUUUAGUAAGGUUUGUUACAUUUGUGAGGAGAAAGGAAAACCAGCCAACGCCUCAGUUGGGGCUUGUAUGCAGUGCAACAAAGCUGGUUGCAGACAACAGUUUCACGUGACCUGCGCUCAAGGUUUAGGGCUUCUCUGUGAAGAGGCGGGAAACUAUUUGGAUAACGUCAAGUACUGCGGGUACUGCCAGCAUCAUUACAGCAAGUUGAAAAAAGGGGGCAACGUGAAGACGAUCCCUCCGUACAAACCGGUGGCCAACGAGGCCCACAACUCGGACUCCAGCUCGGAGAAAGAGGGGACCCCUUCGAAGGCGGCGAACCCUUCACCCCCGACAGCCGCUAGCAAGAAAAAAACGACCGCUAACGCGAAAACCGUACCGUCGAAGUCGUCGAACAAGUCGCAAUCGAAACCCGUCAACAACAACGCGAAGAACGCCGAAAAGGGCAAGGCGACGAACGCGAAAAGCGGGAAGACCGAAGAAUUAGAGAAAAACGGGGAUUCCGAGCCGAAGGAAUCUAGAGACACUAAGGGGGCCAAGAAGCGCAAAGCGAACUCGAGGGCACCCACGCCAGUGGGGGUUGCAGGGAGUGAAGUUAGUGUGGUAGUGAACCCUGUGACUAGUGCCGGAUUGGUUGCCGGCGGUGGUAAUAGUAACUUGAAUAGUGUUGGGGAUAAGGGUGGUGUUGCAGGUAGUGAGAGUGCUGUUGACAAGAAAAAGGCGAAAAUCGAAACCACCCAAUCGAUCAUCACCAACCAACCGGUCGUCGCGCUCACCUCGAUCUCCGCCCCCAAGCCCUCCUCCGCGCCCCUCCCUUCCGCGCCCGCCGAUCCAACGGCCACGCCUCCCGAGCCAGUGUCCAUCCCCCCGGCCCCGCCCCUACCCCUUCCCCCUACAAUCAUCCAGACGACGCAGGCGCAGUCCCACUCGCAGUCACAGUUACAGGCGCAGGCGCAUUCGCUGGUCGUUUCCGUGCCGCUGGUCAACGCCUCCUUGAGUCCCCUGGGGCCGAUCGUGUGCAAUCAGACGUCGGUGGUGACAGCGACGCCUUCGGCGAGCGAGAGGAGUGGGAGCGUUGGGUGCUCUGAGAAGGGUGCCUCUGCUAUCAGUAGUGAGGUUAUGACUGGUGGAAACAGCAAUCAAGGAUUAUUGACGUCCGACAUGAACACUGGUGGACUGAAAAUUACCUACGAAAAACAGAUGGAUUCCAUUAACACAGAAGUGGACAUGGAACUGGAACUAGAACCAUCUCCUUCUAGGACCGUUGAAGUACCUGCCAAAAGAGGAAGAUCUCAAUCGCAAUCGAACGAAAAGACUGACCGGUCGAGCCGCAGCCGGAAGCGCAACGGCAGCUCGGCCACCUGUCCCGCCCCCAGCUCGAUCGUCGAGACGCACACGAAGCGCGCGAGCCGCUCCCAGCACGUGACGCCGCCUCCGAUGCCGCUGCCACUGGCCGGGUCCGAGCCGCCGGGCGCCUUUGCCGCCAUCUCGCAGGCGCAGAUGAAGGAAUCGCCGCCCAGCAGCCCGAGUUCAGAGAGCCAGAGCAACCCGCCCAGCACCCGGGGCAGAACGAGGGGCAGGAAAAGCGCCCCCGCAGCAGUCAAUGUGGGGUCGGGCAGUUCCAAAGAUAGCAAGGAUGUGAAAAUAUUCCAGAACGGCAUGUCGGCUCCUCAUAUGCUGGGCAACCAGCUGAAUCCCAAUUCGACGAUGCACUCGAAGAUGAACGAUCACCUCAACAACGAGAUCGAGGCGCACAGCAUCUUCAGCGCGAACGACCAGCUGGGGACCAGUCUGACAGGACCACAGUUGCAUCAUAAGGUGUUACAGCAAGCAAGGGCGAGUAGUACUAGCUCGAGUACGACCUCUGGUGGUAGUGGAUUGUCGUCGAUGCUCGGCGGAGGCGGUGGUACCAUACCGCAAACCCUCGACCAGUUGUUGGAAAGACAGUGGGAACAAGGAUCGCAGUUUUUGAUGGAACAGGCACAACAUUUUGACAUCGCCUCCUUGCUCUCUUGUCUCCACCAAUUGCGCGCCGAGAACUUGAGACUGGAAGAGCACGUCAGCUCAUUACUGCAAAGGAGGGAUCACCUGCUGGCCGUCAACGCUCGAUUGGCCAUACCGUUGACCAAUCAGCCUGCUGCCGCUCCGAUCUCCACUCAUCCCCAUCAAAUCAACAACGUCCACCCGUCGGUGGCAGCGAGCCACGCGGACGCGACGCGAUCGGCGCGCCACAACGGCAGCACGGCGCCGUACCCCAGCCACCCGCAGGGCACUUCCGCCCAACACGCUGCCCCCGAGAACGGCCUGCCUCCCGACCCGUACGGCCAGAGCCACCCGCAUCGCAGCCCGGCCGGCAGCCAGCAGAGCCCGAACGUGAGGUUAGGAUUAUUAGUAGGCAAGAGACCUAUACAAACAAUUGUGAUAUGUUGGGCUGUAGUAUUUAUAAGCGCUUUAGGACUCCUGCGUUUUCGCCAGGAAAAGAACCCUCUGAAGCUAUGGGUUCCUCCCUUCACCUCAUUUGCAAGAGACACCGAAUGGUUGUUGAACAACUUGCAGACUGGUUACCAAGACGAAGUUGUCAUGAUAACGGGAAAUGACGUGCUCACACCAGAAGUUAUACAAAAGCUUUUCGAUUUGGAUAUACAAGUUAGGACAGCAAAAAGUAAAACAAAUCUUGUUCUAAGCGAUGUGUGUUUUCAGAUUCCAAAAGUGGACAAAGGGCUCUUGAAGCUACUUGAAGAUAAUACGACAAAUUUAGACCCCAGUUUACAGAUGAAUCCUGCUAUAUAUUGUAGCUUCGUUGAAGCUAUGAAGAAAGAGUGUUUUACGAAGAGCAUUCUGGAAUUAUGGGAUUUUAACAAGAAGAAAAUUUGGAAUCUCACGAAAGAUGAUAUUAUAGAAACUAUUAAUACUUAUGACAAAAAUAAUAUUUUUGGAAAUCUGAAAAAAAUAGAUAGUUUAUUUGGAGGAGUCAUCAGAAAUGAAUCAGGACAUAUAAUAGGUGCCAAAGCUUUGGAAAAUAUUUGGUAUCUCAAUCUCAACUUGUCUGCCAUAGAUAUGGACAAAACUGGAAAUUUGGCUGGAACUGCAAUGGGGGCAACAGAAGAAUCAAACGAAUGGGAGGAUGUAUUCUUAGAUUUGAUGAAGAAUUUCACAAACAAUUCGAAUCUGACUAGUUAUUAUAAAGCAGGAAGAAGUUUCGGGGAUAUUAGCAACACUGCAAUGUUCCAAGACAUGGAUAAGCUGUUCCUAGGAGUCGGCAUUAUGAUAAUCUACGUACAGCUAGUUAUAUCCAAAUUCAACUGGUUGGAAGCAAGGAUUGUUUUAGGAUUCGUUGGUUUACUUACGAUUGGUAUGUCUUUCAUCGUUGGCGUCGGACUAUGUUCACUGAUGGGUGUCUUUUAUGGACCAGUUCAUACUUCUCUGCCUUUUCUUCUCAUGGGACUGGGAAUUGAUGAUAUGUUUGUGAUAUUAGCUUGCUGGGAGGAAUUGACAGAAGAACAAAAAAAGCAACCGUUAGAUAAAAGAAUUGGCUUGAUGCUUAAACAUGCUGGUGUCUCGAUUACCAUAACCUCUUUCACCGAUGUCAUAGCGUUUCUUAUAGGAUCCUCAACAAUAUUGCCAUGUCUUGAGUCCUUCUGCAUCUAUGCAGCAGUCUGUGUACUUAUGAUUUUUGUAUUUGCCGUGACUUUCUUCACGGCAUGUUUCGUAUUAGACCAAAGAAGGGUCGAGAGUAGACGGAAUGGUUUAAUACCGUUCAUUCGGCACAAAGAAGACUAUGUUCCCAAUGAAUGUAGCCAAACGAACAUAUCUAAUAGUAUUUUUCAAGUGGUGUAUACGAAUAUAGUAUUGACUCUUCCAGGAAAGAUAAUUGUGAUAGCCAUUAGUAUUAUCUGUGCCUGUUUUGCCCUGCAAAGCGCUUGCAAACUAGAACAAGUGUUUGAUCCAGACUGGUUCAUACCCACAAAUACCCAUUUGGGACAGUACUUGGCAGCAAAGAGUAUUUACUAUCCGGACAAAGGUUUCGAUGCAGGAUUCUAUAUCGGACCUGUAAAUUAUAGCUAUGAGAUCAAUAAUAUCAAAACGGCUGUGGAAAAACUUCAGGUGUUGGAUAAUAUUACGGAAAACGUUCAGUCUUGGGUGGAACCGUUCAGGAAAUUUGUUGCCAUUAAUUUUCAUCAUGAUAUUUACGAUGAGCCAUUGGAUGACGAAAGAUUUAGUAACUUCUUAUCAAAAUUUUUGAUGAGUCCGUAUCAUGCGAAAUAUCAGGCCAACUUCAUUUUCGAUGGAGUUUUGGAAUGCGGUGUGUCGGCUCCGAAAAUAAAGCUAUCUACUAUCGAUUUUCAUUUCCAAAAAUUCCAAAAUCCCAGAGAUCAUAUACCCGGAAUGCACAGUGUAAGAAGAAUUGCCGAAAAUGCCAACUUAACUACUGGCGAAAAAUUUUCAACGGUUUGGUCAUAUUUUUUCUCGGUGUGGAUAACAGACGAGUUGAUUGAAGUCGAAGUGAUGAGGAACCUUCAACUGGCUCUACUCUGUGUGAUGCUCUGUACAAUUAUUCUGAUAGCUGACUGGCAAAUAUGCCUAUGGAUUUUCAUUUGCGUCCUCAUCACCAUGGUAGAUGUUAUGGGAUUCAUGCAAAGAUGGGGUCUGAAUAUCGAUUUGAUUACCUGCAUUGGCCUGGAACUGGGGAUAGGUCUCUGCGUUGACUAUGCCACUCAUGUGGGACACACUUUCUUGACUGUGCCAACUGGCACAAGACGUGAGAGAUCAUUGAGAACAGUCACUUCUAUCGGAUCGGCAGUUCUUUAUGGGGGACUGUCUACAUUUAUUGGAGUAUCGAUGAUGAGUUUUUCAACAGCUCUUAUAUUUCAGUUAUUUUUCAAGAUAUUCCUUCUAGUCAUAGUGUUUGGUCUAUUCCAUGGAGUGGUUCUUCUUCCUGUGAUUUUGAGUAUGAUUGGCCCUAGUCCUUACACCACCCACUCUCAAGAUCUUCUGAAAGAAAUUAGGGGAACGGAUCCGGAUAAGGAAGAAAAAGUAGUAACUGAAAUGAAAUCAAUUAUAUAG